GCCAAAUAGAGUCACCGCCUUGAAUUUCUGGCGGUUUACUACAUGGCUUCGGAAACGACCCCACUGCUCGGAUCUUCUCUGGCGAACGAGGAGGAAUGUUUUCAGCUUGAACUACCAGACCUUCUAUCAACUGUUCAUGCACUGUCCGGAGUGGAGCUUGUCACACCAGCAUUGAUAGAACAACGCCUUCCGUGGAGGGCUGACGAACACCUCUCUCGUCGAACUGCCUUUUACCUUGCCGUGGCAAUCAUACUUUCUUCCCCCGAUGUCAUCUUCCGGCCUCAUGCAGAACAACAUACUGCCUUCUCAGAUAUCCAACCUGCACUUUUGCCCACUCUGCUCGAAGAUUUGUUUGGUGCAUAUAUUACAAGGUCUCAGAGAGCGUCUUUGAGUAGAAGCGAAGAGGAUGGGGGUCUGGACGAGGCUAUGUGGACAUCUUUGCGUGUUAGUGCGGAUAGUGAUGCACGGGUUUCCGUUGUUGAUCUGAUCAACUACUCCUCGGAGCCGUCCGUAUUAUUUCUAAACCCCGUAAUGAGUGCCUACAUUACAAAUGCUUGGAAAGGCGGCGUCAGGUGGCCCCUUCCUCCAAAAUACGGCAUCAUGCAACGUUUGAACGCGAUAUGCAGCCCAAGGGCUUCGCACGCAGUGGAUAUCCUAUUCCAUAUGCUGCAUUUGGUUAACUUCACCAUCUUCCUAUUGCAAAGUGACCCGAUUCCAUUUGAUCAUACAUGGCAAACAAUCCUUCUAGUGAUCUACGCUUUUGCAUCGAUGACUCCUCUACGGCCGGCGGCCAUUCAAAUGUCUCUCUUCCCCAUUCUCGUAGCAUUCGUUGUCUACGGACCUCACAUUCCCGAUCCUGGGUCCUUCUCGUAUACCCUUCUGCUUCUCUCUUACUGCUGGAGCAUACUGUUACUUCUUCUCCCAUUCCCACCAACACCUAUAUAUUUACUCACUCCUCGUGGUGCCCUGUCAGCCUCAUUGGAAUUCCGGUCCCUCCUCGUUCCAGCAGUUUUCCGACCCGUAUUAUUCUUCCUACCCCUUAUACUAAUAUCACUAUUUCUCCUGUCGAAUGGACUUGGGGGGCCAGAUCCAUGGUCUCUUUCGCCCCUUCUGGACACUCCAGCAAUCAUCAGUGGACUAAUUCCUUCAGCCCCUCCUCCCACAAGGAUCGCAUUCUUCAUUCUGCUUGUUUUAUCUUUUUUCUUUGCUGCACUAUUUGCAGCUUCGUCCCUCAUUCGACAUUCAACUCGACCUGGAAAUGAGAUGGUAGCAUCAAGUCGUACAGGGCGGAGGUCACUAUCACCCGAGAUUCUCCGCGAGCUAUUGAUUGCUACGACCAUUUACUCUCGCCCAAGGAGAUACCCACCACCGCUGAAUCUUAUUCCGUUUGUACUCAUAGUUCUGCCCCGUUACGCCACGCGCUUGUUUGGGAAGCGGGAUACAGUCGAACGAUUCUUCACACACGUGGACACCGUGCUUUGGAGUACGCUUGUGUUGCCUCUCGAAGUGAUCAUUGCCGGAUUGUGGCGUUGGAGGAGUCGGCCACUUUCGCAAUCGCAGAGAGUUCCGGCUUGAAUGUAUGCGUACAUGUAACAUAUGUACCGCAAACGGUCUUUACAAUUAAUUGUCAUCAUUGUGAUGAUCGUCCUCGUUCGAGCACACGCGUACUAAAACCUAACAAUGACCUAAACUCUGGCCCCACGUACUACAAAUAGUUAACCAGAAGCUGCGCCGAAUGCCGAACCAGCGCCAUGACUGACCUUAAUCAUUGGCUCAACUACUUAAUGCCAUUUAAGAAGAAUAAAAAGGAGGGGGACACAACCGCGGGGGUGGAUACCCU